AUGUGCGACAGUAUUUGCAAAAAUGAAAAGAAGUAUGUCUUGGGGCCUGCCCCCUCGCCUUGCACCACUAUGGAGGACUACGCCGUUUUUGAACCCGCAGCAAACCCGGUUAUAAAGAACAUAGUGCAAGAAACUACAAUCCACGUGCCCAAAAUAGAGUACAAGGAAAAUAUCGUCCACGUGCCCAAAGUUGAAUACAGAACAUACCCCGUCGUCAAGGAUGUGGAAACACCCAUAUAUCGAGAAAGGUACAGGUACAAAGACGUCCAAGUUCCCCAAAAGAAGUUGAGGGUCAAGCCAGUGUACAAAGUAGUAGAUGUGCCUCAGUACAAAUAUGUCAAUAAGUAUGUGAAGAGAAAGUACAAACGAUUUCAAUAUGUACCAAAGGAAGUCCCUGUACCUUUUAGACCCAGGAGAGAAAUUUAUACAGAAAUCCCCAUCCGUAGAUAUAUCCCUCAAUAUAUGGAAAAUGGUCCCAUAGAACCAGACAUGAGUUAUAAUAGUGCUUAUAACCUCCAGGGAGAAUUACCCCUCUUUGAAGGGUAUAAUGACAAUUUUUUAAAUAUGUUGAAUCCGUUUAGUGGGUAUACAAGCAGAAAGAAAGAUAACUGCUUUUUGAGCUGCCUUUGUAAUGGGAAGAAUGAGGAGUCAUUAAUGCACGAAAUGGAUCCUCUGCUUUUUAACGAUGCAGUUUAUACACACAGUAGGGGUAACAUGUACGACAUGAGGAGUAGCUAUGAAUUGCCCCCCGAACCGUACAACACAUUUGCCUAUAAUACUUGCCCACUUGUUAUACAUAAAAAGGAAAAUAAUUUUUAUGACAGAAUGAUUGAGACAACGUCUAACUUGUUGGCGACAGCUGGGGUAGCUCUUGUGCUGGCGGGUAAACUGGGUCUGCAGGGCAUAUCUCUUCUCGUGGGGGGUGCUGACAAGGGGAGUCAUACAGGGGGCGGUGUUGGGUCUGGCGGUGAUCCGUAUAUGCUUGAUGGGGGUAGACGUGACCCGCAUAAAGAGAGGAAGGUUAAGGAAAAGCAAAUUAAGAGUCAAAGCGGAAGAAACGCCACAAAAAGGGCAACCAAAUAG